AUGCCCUUCAAAAAGAACUUCCAGUGGAACCAGUUCAUUGCUCGUUUGAUCCGGCAGGGGAAACAGCUUGUGAAUUGGUGUGACAACCUCCCACUAGCACAUGUUUUUUUGGGGGAAUACUUGCAGAAAAAGAUGGACACCUGGGAGAUGCUGUGGACUUCCUGCACUGGAGCCGAUAAUCAACCUAAGCUUUUCAUACAGUCAAGGCCUUCUGGAAGCGACAUUAUUGUUGUUGCUGUUAAUGAGGAGGCCAUAUUGUCAUCUGGUGAUGCAGAGGAUUGUGAGGAUGGAAAGAAGGUGGCCAAGCGUUGUAGGGUGGGGUCUGAAUGUGACUGCUUUGCUGGGUCUGCAAACGGUGAAUCUUUUGCUCCCCAGGAAGAUCGCCAAGUCUCUUCUACUAGUGUCUCGACUCUAGUGGCAGAAGAACCAUUGCCUAGCAAUGCUGGACUUGUGGGGUUCCCUCCCAUCUCCAUCCACAAUCCCAAUAUCUUUGCAUCUCUCCCUGGCCCCUCAAACAGCCAGCCUGCCAGUACUUUUCAUGGCAUGCCAUAUGGACUUGUUUCAACCCCAGCAAUUCCAUUUUUCAGCUACCCAUUCAUCCCUCACCAACACCAUUUCCCACCUAUGAUGGGUAUGGAGGUACCAGGUAUGUCUCCCAGUGUCCUGACAGCUGAUCCACAACAAUUGCAAACUUUCUUCAACUUUAAUCAUAUGAACACAUAA